CUUACUUUUCAGGCAAAAAGGGAGGCACCAAGAGCAAAAUCCAGACUUCUAUUUAUUUGUAGCAAUAAAUAUGCUCUGUAUUUUACAAGUGUUUUGAAUCUGGCUUUCUUGUACUGAAAGACUUCAAUAUUAAUGACAGCAUAUUUAACACGAUGAUGUGUGCAUAGGUUGCCUUAUAAGGACCUCAUUAGUUUCAUAGGGGUUUCUUAAGCAAAUAUUGGAAUAUUUUGUAAAUCAUUCAGUAUGGAUGUCCUGGUACUUUUUCUUCUUUUACUGAAUGAAUAUAUUUAUUUCUUAUAAACACAUUAAUAAUGCAAUCUUAUAUAUGCCUUCUCAGGAGUAUGUUUAUCCCCAAGUGGGUGGCUAUGAGAUUACAGUGUAAAUCAGUUUUAUUAUUAAGAGCAUGGUCUAAUUUUUGUUCUUGGAUAAUUAUUCUAAAUGUAUAUUUUUGUUCUGUUUUAAUCUAUCAAACCAUGCAGUACAAAAAAAACCACACUUCACUGUCAUUUUAAGGGAAAGAGAGUUAUUAUUGGGUGUUCUUGCAUCUCACUAGGAAGUAAUUGUAGUUCCCUGAGGUAAAGAGCCAUCAAUAGUAAAGUAUGAUGAAUUAGUUCACUCAAGUGUGUGUGUGUGUGUGUGUGUAUGGGUAUGUGUGUGUAUGCACGCUGACCUUGCUGUGCAUGUGUUUAGCUGCGGAGGGCUUGAAUCAAGCCUGGUGGAGGCUUAAUCCUUUGCCCUUGUACACGUAGACUUGAUUAGUAGUUGUGGUUAUCUCAGCAGAAGACAUUCCUCCCUCCUCCUGGUAUUGGUUGGGACCUAGGCAUUGGGGAGUAAAGUCGAAGGAGAAAGAAAAGAGAUUUUGCAUUAGUAUUCUAUGAAAGCCUUACUGUCUGCAGAACAAAUUGAUUGCUACAGUGUACCUGUGCUUGGCACCACUGCUGUGAAAGAAAGAUUACUUGCACUAACACUGCACAUCAAUCAUCUUGAAGGAGAAGAAAAAAAACACAUAAACUGUGUACAGUCUUCAGUCUGAAUCACUGACCACUGAAUCAGAGCCAGAAGAAGCAACACCAAUGCAUCAAUUUGACCCUGUAAACAAAAUAAGGAAUCAAGCAUGUGUAAUAUGAUAAAAAAAGACUGAAGAAAGAAAUGCUCUGUUGCAGAAGAUUGUGGAAUGAUAAAAAUAUUGCUAAGACAUUUUAAACAGUGUUUCUGGAUUUUCUACAUAAACACAUAUGCCUAUUACUGCAGAGAUGGAUAAAAAAGGAACUUCAGAUAUUCCACAAAUGUUUAAUGGAAGAGUCAUCCAAGAUCCUUCGCACCUGUUUUGCAUCAUGUAUUGUAGAGUGCUGUAAAGCUUUCUUGUUAAGCUGAAUCUCUGCUCACUUUCAACAGAUUAGACCUUAUAAGCUAAUAAAAAGGGAACUGCUGUCGAUACUUGUAUUGAACAUGACUCAUGGAGAAGAGCUUGUCUCUGAGAUGCACCAGGAUUCUGUUGUUCUAACUUACCUAGAGGGAUUACUAAUGCAUCAAGCAGCAGGAGGCUCGGGUUCGAUGGUUGACAAAAAUCCUAUUGGGCCUGUUGCAGAGGAUCAAAAUUGCAAGGUUUCUGGAAAUACAUCUCCCAGCUGUCAGAGAGAUGGUCCAGUUCCUAACACAAAUAUAUAUCGAAGUUCUGGCAUGCUGCAUCACAAAAAGGCAAGGCUGCUACAAUCUUCUGAAGACUGGAAUGCUGCAAAGAGAAGACGGUUGUCUGAUUCUAUUGUGGAUUUAAAUGGGAAAAAAGAAGCUUUGUUAGCUGGCAUGGUUGAAAAUGUGCCCAAAGGCAAACAAGAUAGCACAUUACUAGCUUCUUUGCUUCAGUCAUUCAGCUCUAGGCUGCAGAGUGUUGCUUUGUCACAACAGAUUAGGCAGAGCCUAAAGGAGCAAGGAUAUUCCCUCAGCCAUGAUUCUCUGCAAGUUGAGAAAGACUUACGGUGCUAUGGUGUUGCAUCCAGUCACUUGAAGACACUACUGAAGAAGAGCAAAGCAAAAGAUGAAAAGCUGGAGACAGGUCUACCUGAGGUAACAGCAAAUGUGGUUAAAGAUCGUUUUAUAGAGUCUUCUCACACAGCACAGAGUAGUGGUCCAAAAGUGAUGAAUGAGUCACUGUCUUGUGCUGCAAGAUUGCAAGCUGUUGCAAGCAUGGUGGAAAAAAGGUCUAGCCCUGCUACAUCUCCUAAACCCAGUGUGGCUUGUAGUCAGCUUGCUCUGCUUCUUUCAAGUGAAGCACACUUGCAGCAGUACUCCAGAGAACAUGCUCUUAAAGCACAAAAUGCAAGUCAGGUUGCAAGUGAGAGACUUGCUGCUAUGGCAAGAUUAAAAGAAAGUGUUCCAAAAGAUGUUGGCCAUUUCAAACUGUCAAAAGGAAUGGAAAGCCACCUGAAUGGACAGGUGAGAUCUUCAACCAAAUCAGUACCCAAUAAAAGCAAUAUGACACAUUUUCAGAGUUCUGUGGGGAUAACCCAUUCACCUCCCAGAAGCAUAAGCUACAAAGGAACAAUGGAAAAAAAUCAUUUCAAACCACCUACCAACAGUAGUUUACUUCUGCAUCUCCUUAAAAAUCACAAUGCUACUAAGCAGGUUAAGGGAUAUGAACACAAUGACAGAUCAAGUGUUUUUGAGGAGGGUAGUACACCAACUACUGUUGAUGAGUACUCUGACAACAAUCCAAGUUUUACAGAAGAUGACAGCAGUGAUGAUGAAAGUUCUCAUUCUACUUGUCUUCCCAUAGAUUUAUCUUUCAAACAGAAAAACAGUGCUUCAGAUUCUGGGCCACCAUCCUCUCUAGACAAUUUAACACAAUCCUUAAUUCAUAACUGGGAUUCAAAAGUGCCGGGUCUAGAAAAUACAGAAGAGAAAGAUCCACCUAAAACUGCCAAACUAAAUCCACAUCAGAAAGUAACUUUACUUCAGCUAUUACUUGGCCAUAAAAAUGAAGACACUAUAGAGAAACUUCCAGAAACUGAAGGAAUGUUAGUUACAACUGAUGUGGCAAAAUUUAAUUUACCAGCAGGUAACAGAACUCCUGUGACUGACUGCAUUAACACAAGUCGAAAUACUCCAGUAAACACUCCCCCUUUGUUAGCUUCUACAAAAGCAGAUUCACCCAUCAACCUUUCACAUCAUUCUCCCUUAUUGAUCAAACAUAAUUCAUCACCAUACACUUGCAUCAUACAGCCUGAAAGAGUCAUUAAUCCAGCUUCUAAACACUUGAUGGAUCUCACGAUCCAGAAGGAACUUCAAGGAAGUAAGCAGAACAGAAAAGAAACGCCGCAAGCGUCGUCAUCUUUUAGUGCAAGUAAACUUCUGCAAAACUUAGCUCAAUGUGGGAUGCAGUCUUCAGUGUCUGUAGAUGAGCAAAGGCAAUCAAGCAAACAAGUAAUGACUCUAAACACAGAGAAACCAAUAGGUUUGAUAGAUGGACUAAAUAGCUCCAUGCUUACUAACACAUCCAGUACAUUUGAAGAAAACACAAUAGUAAGCAACCAACCUCUACCAGCAGAACAAAAAAUUCCUAGUUCAGAAAUCCAGAAUCUCCUUGAGAGGCGUACAGUCCUCCAAUUGCUUCUAGGAACUUCCAACAAAGGUAUGAGUGAAACAAAAGAGACUAUGCUAUCAAAAGAGGAGGGUUUACAAAACCCAACAGAAAAGACUUUGAAUGAACAAAUAUUAACUGUAAAAGUAAAAUCUGAACCUUCAGAGGAAUUAAAUGCCCUUCAGAAUACAAAUGCACAACAAACAAGGGGCAAUGUUCAUAAGAAAAUUCAUGGACUAGGUCGUUCAUUAGAAAGAAACACACCUACUUCCCCAACAUCAGAAGAACCUAGACCUAACCCUUUGUUACCUCAAGAUUUUUCCUUUUCAAAAAAUGGUUUAUUGAGCCGACUGCUUCGACAGAAUCAAGAUAACUACUCUGUAGAUGAUGUAGACAGAAAUCACAGAAACAAUGAACAGACAUCUGUGGACUCAAAAAGUCACAGCACCAUCCCAAAGAAGAGAAAGCUUCAUUGUGAACCCUGUGAGAGUCCUUUAAAAAUAGUAAAAUGUAACAGAAGUAAUGUAUCUGAAACUGCAGGCAAUCAUAAGUCUUCUCCAGAUGUGAUGUAUGGGGCUGCUCUUAAACAGAAAGAAUUGAAAUUUAGCAGAACUGACCUUGAAUUAAAAUAUUCUUCAGGUUAUGGUUCAAAUAAUGAAAGUGAAUCUAGAAGUUGGUCUAGAGAAAGCAAAGGGUUUAAUGUGUUGAAACAACUCCUUCUGUCAGAAAACUGUGAAAAAGACAUGUCUCAGCGUAGGAAUAAUUCAGCAGUGAUUGAUGGCAGAAAGAAAGCAAACAAAAACAAUAUAACAAAUAAUAACAAAGGUGAAUCCAGUGUUUCUUCAUUGCAUACACUUGUGGGGAAUCCUGGGCAACAAACCAAUUGUCUGGAUCACCAAGCAUUUCAAUAUUCAGUUGCAGUGAAGAGUCCUGCCAGUUCUCCCUUCUCUGAUCAACUGGGAGGCACGGUAUCAUCACACCCUGAAUGUGACCAAUAUAGUGUUUGCCCUGUACCUAAUGAAAGGGGGCCCAUAAAAUGGAUCAUCACAGAUUCAGACAAGAAUGAACAUGGCAGAGAUUCCCCAAGAUUGACCAAAACUAAUCCAAUAUUAUAUUAUAUGUUACAGAAGGGGGGGAGUUCUGUUAAUAUUCAGGAAGCACAUAGCAAAGAUUCUUGGAGUGAAACAUCAUUUACAGAAAAUUCAUCAGCUGCCACAAUCAAGAGAGAACUAUCACCUGUGGUAGAAUGUAGAAUGCCAUUUCAUGCGGUGAGACAUGCAUAUAAUAACCAUUCAAGUAACAGGGUGUCACUUCAACACAAUGUGAAUGGAGAUGUAUAUGGACUCUUAGAGAAAGUGUUAACGAUUAAAAAAGAACCAGAGUAAAUUAUAGUCAUAUAAUGUGUUUACAGGCAGGUUGGAAUCUUUACUUUCAAAAACAAUGUUGUAUAAAUCUAGCAUGAUUUGAGAAACGCAUGGUAUAAGUGAAACAUGUUUUUGUUUGAUGAACUUUGUGGCUAAUAUUUAAAUACAUGUUGCUUUCUUCUCCUUUUUGUACUUUUCUUUUUGGCUUUAAAGGAGAAUUAUCACAAUUUUUCGUUAAUUAUAUAACUUGUAACUGGAGAUGUUGGUCUCUCUUGCACAUAAUUUUCCUGAUGUAGUAACUGCUGCCAAUAUUCCUUCUACACUGGCCAUAGUAUCAAGAAUCUGGCUAAUGUGUUCAGCUUCAAGGUAUGUUUCAAAAUCAUGCAAGUAAAGGGACAAAAACCUCCUAAUGUGUCAUGUGUAUGGCUGUUAAACAUGGCAGAAAAUUGAACCAUCUAGGCAGAAUUCUUUAAAUUAUUUGAUUGAUAUAGGAAUAUUUAUAGAGGCAGAAGCAACUACAUUGGGAAAUUGCAUCUAAAGAGGAUCUUAUUUGGAACUACUGGUAUUACGCAUGUAAUGCAAUGUAAUAUCCAGCCUACACUGGUAUUUUGCACCAUUGUAUCCUGCUAUGUAAUAUAUUUUCCUUUUUAAAAAAAUCUGGGCACUGGGGCAGUAUAAUUUUGUGCUUUUCAAAAUUUUAUGAAAUGUGAAGAAUUUUUUUACAGAUACAUAAAUGGAUCACUUAGACCAAGACAUUUGUUUAUUGUAUUUGUAAUCUCCAUUAGUGUCAACUAGAGAAGUGGACAGAAAUGAAAUUUAUAGUGCUUCCAAAUGGCUUUUAAUUAUGUUUUGAUAUCUGAGAGAACCACAAGUAGAAUCUCUUUUCUCUAGUUGCAUUUGGAGGAUGCCUUCCCUAGAUACUCACUUGGAAUAAAAACUAGGUGAUGACUUUACAUUUUUUUUAUAAUACUGGGUUUCCAAAAUGCUGUCAGUUUUUAAAAAGUUUUAUUAUCCACAUUUAUGCGUUGGUUCAAGUAAACACAGCAAGGUCAUCUCAUGAGAUUAAUACAGGAAGAUAGAAUUUUCCAGAACUACUGCUGAUUUAUGUUAAGAAAGAGAAAAAAUAAUAAUAGAAGAAUAGUCAUUUCUCAUCAAUCCAUGCAUGUUUAAAAUAUGAGCACUAAUAAAGAAUGGAACAUUAUUUAUGUUGCUGAUCUGUCGAUGUAAUUGUAAAAACAUCAGUUAAUCUGUAAACUGUUCGCUUAUUAAUUUAUUAGCCUUUACCAUACCAGACUUAAAAAGAGUGGUAUAAAUUGAAAAAGUGGAAUGAAUCAAAUGACAGCUUUAAAACUGGAAUGCAUUUAAUAACAAUAUAGUUAUUAGUUGUGUCAUGCACCUCUCUCUCUCUCUCUGUUUAUCACUGGACACAUGCAUUUACUUUUCACACCAUUGACUUGGCUUUUCAUAGACAAAUAGACUUUUUUAGCAUUCUACCAAGAAAUUUUUGCUACUCUUGCUCAAAUUACCAUGCCACCUUCAAAAUACAAAUGAUCUUUCUGAGUACAAUACUUUGCAUUUGCUUUGAGUUCUAUUUUAAGUAAAGUUCUAUCUACUGCAAUAACUUGAAACAUGUAGCAUUCUGAUUCAGAAUUAUCAACUCUGUUGAACUCUGAACAUUCAGAAGUUGUGAUAGUUAAUUGUAAAUGAGAAGGGCUAAAUUUGGUGGUAGCAGUGAAACUACCUACCCCCUACAUCACCUUAAAACUAGCUCAGACCUACUGAACUAAGGAGGAAAAGAUUUCCCUUGCCAAUCCACUGGAUCCUGCUCUUAAGACAGAGGAACACUAUCAUUUUUCUUUUUCUGUAUAAUUUUCCUGGAGACAUAGAGAUCUCAUUCAGAAGUUGUCUCAAGUCAAAGUUGACUUGGCGACAGUUAACAAUAUAGUGGAUGGCACUAAGUCUCAGUUUCUGAGCUCAAUAUAUGUCCUUUGUACUGAGCAAUUUAUUCUAAUCUUACCCAAGUCUUCCAUUGAUGUUUAGCAUUUUUGAGAAACCAUAAAAGGCCAGUACAACCCAUCUCAUGGAGAGAUUUAAUGAUAGGGAAAGCAGAUUAUCACUAACAAGAAGGGCCUUUCUCGCCCCAGCAAAGCUGGGGUGAGGGAGGAAUUUGCCGCCUCCACCACUGAAGAGACUUUUUGAAAGUAGUCCCUCUGGGACUACUUUCGGAGGGGAGGCUGGAGCCAGGUGAGGCCCACUGCCCUCCUCAGUCUUGAAAAAUUAUGAAGGAGAUGCAUAUUUUAAUUAAAUAUAAUUUUAACUUCCAUUAUGAGUCAGGUUUCAGUUGUAUCUCAUUUGAGAUACAGCUCAAUAAACCUUUUUGGAAUAAAAUUCCACUUAAUUAUGUAAGACUUAAUUUUGAGUAAUUACAUAUAAGAUUUGUGCUGUUCAAGUAUUUAUUUUAGCUUUUAGAAAUAGCCAAUGACAACUCAGAUGUCAUUAAUUCAAAUGAUUUCAGAAUUUUCUUAAUGAUGUUGAAUCCCUUUUUUGCCUCACAUUAACCGCUAGAGAAGGGUAUACUUGUUCCAUUAUAAAGUUGCCUACAAAAUAUUGUUUUGUUAUUUUAGUAGUAGUAGUAUUCAAAUAAUUUAUGUGUGUAUGGGUGGGUGUUGUGAACCAGAAACUGUGAAAUUGUAACCUAUGGAAAGGACCAUGCUUCAAUCUUUAUAUAAAAAAUCUAGUAAAAUUUGGCAUAAAUAUUGCUUAAAACCUCGUGUAUUGCAAUCCAUAGUCAUUCCACUCCUGUACUUCUGCAUGUGUUAAUGUCACAACAAAUCUUUGUUACUUUACACAGUUUAAACAUAAUCAUACAGUGUGCAUUUCUGUACUUUAAACAUAAAAAUGGUCCAGAGGAUUGUAGUCCAUUUAUCAAAGAAAGCAAGGAGAAACUCCCAUUAUUAAUAUGAUCAUACAUAUUCCAUUAGAUGUUCUCUAGACAAAUAUUUAAGUGCUUACUGACAAAACAGUAUUGUUCCACAUAAGCAAUCAUUUUUAUAGUACCAGAGGUUGGUGUGUCCCAUUCUAAAUGUUACCUUCAUUGACAUAAUCAAAAUUCUCAAAAUUGGGUAGUAAAUAAGAUUUUAAUCAAAAAGUUUUACAUAUAUCUCAGUCAGCUGCCUUACCCACGUGGCCAGUAAAAGCCAGCCAUGCAACAAAGGGUAAGCCAAGCACUGCAGUAGCUUGUUUGCAAUCAUCGUACACAGCUCUGAAUAUGAAGCAUGCACUAUUAUCUCACUUCAACUGUUCCAGCUCCAUCCUAUGUUAUCCUGGGAUUUGCAGAUUAGAAAGUAGUAUUUCAAAUUCUAGUGCCUCCAAAAACUAUAGCUUCCAGGAUUCCAUAGAAUGCAACCAUAGUAGGUAAAAUGGAAUAAUAAUGUGAAUUGAUAAAUCAUCCAAGUAACAUGUGCUACAGAAUCAAAGUAUACAUGAUAACAUGUCCCUUUAGUUAAACCUAGAUUUGCUUCAAUAUAGUCACCACCAGUUUCUCCCAAGUUUUCUCCUUUUCGCCUGUGCAUUAAAGUCAUCUUAGAAGGAGAGAAAUACUAAGCAACGGACUUCAGAAGAAAGUGAGCUGAUGAACUAGGGAUUUCCCCCCACAUUUCUUCUGUUUAUAUCAAGAUUUGUUAUAUUUUCUGGUUUUUAUGUGACUGUCUCAGGUAACUUGAGUCAGAAUUUGACAAUAAGAUUUAUAGAAAAAAGCAGUUUACAUUGUGAUCUAAAAGAGGAGUAACAUGGAUCUUGGGAUAGAGAACAACAUUUCUAUCUCAUUUUUCUGCCAUUUUAUAAAAGCAUACACUAGAACUUCAGAAUAAAAUUUAAAUUUAGGACCAUGUAAUAAACUAGUGGAGAUUACUUAAACCUACAUUCGGAUUCACAGAAAAUACACCCUAUUGAGCACAAUGGGUCUUAUGUCUAUCUACAUAGUUAGUUAUGCACUGGAUGGGGCUGCACACCUGGAAACCUAUGCAUACUUUCUGAGACUAAAUGCUUUUGAAUUCACUGGAAUUUCUUCUGAGUAAAUGUGUUUAGGAUUAUUCUAAAAUAUCGGUCCAUUUUUGAAGAUAGAAACAAUAGUUUGAAUGGAAAAUCAGCCAUGUGUUUACUUCUUAAACAGUAUAUAUUUUUUAAAAAAUCUAGAUUAUAAAGUGUUUAAUUUACAUUUUUUCCAAGAUACAUUCUUUUAUUUUCCCCACCACACAUCAAUCAAAUGUGAUAAUGCUAUCAUGUAUGACAGCAAAAUAUUGCCAGUUUAGUUUCUACUGCAUUUUAGUAGAAUGAACUGGUUAGUUAUAUUUUAUAUAUACUUUAUAUAUAUGUAAAGUAUGUAUGUAUGUAUAUGUAUACAUUUGUAAAUAUGUAGACUUGUUACACAUACAUGUCAAAAUUGGUUUUUAAAAAAAGUGAUGUAAAUAGUGGUUUCUUUAAUGAAAAGUACCUAUUUUGUAUUCUAUAUAAUGCAAAAGAUUAAACCUUUUACUCUUUUUGUUAUGUAUAUUCUAUGUAUUAAAUGUAAAUAUGAUCACAUAGGUUUAAAUUUUUGCAUGUAUGUAUACAGUUGCAAGUCUGGAAGAAUGUAUAAAAACAUUUUAUUUAAAAUUGUAAUUACUUGCUGCAUGAAAAAUGCAUGGGGGACCCUGUGCAUCUCUGCAAUGGCAAAAAUGUCUUAAGUCAAACAAAAUGUUUAUCAAACACAACUGUUUCUGGACAUGACUUCUGCUGUGGUAUUUUAGCUUUGUGAAAGAAUGUGCUUCAAAUGAAAGGGUCUGGGGAAAAAACAGCUUUUUUAAAAAAACAAACAAACAUAAAGAGCACCUCCCUUCUGCCAGCCACAAACAUCAUUAACUUUUUGAUUCCAUUUCAAACUGCUGAGAUCUGUUAUAGUUUUGUCAGUGUAAUAUCAGUUUUCAUUGCCAUAAAGAAGAAUUCUGGGGUUUAUGCAAUCUUUUUUGUUGUGGAGUUUUCACUAAUUUAAUGGCUCUCAUUUUUAUUAGAAAAUGAUUUAUUCAUGUGAUGUCAUAAUACUGUACAUACUGCAGUGUGAAGGUUUUUUUUUUAUUCUUUCAGUGUUUACUUCCUGCAGAAAAUUUGAAUAAAUGAGAAAAAUGCA